CAGGCCCAAGUGACGGAAAGAAAUCCAGGCGGCGCUGCUAUCUUCCUCCGCAAAACCCCAUUUCCCAUUCCCUCUCUUCUCCACUGCCACUCUCCUGCGGCGGAAUACUAAUCGCCGAUCCUGCCUCCCGCCUCUCUCUCUUUCUUCGGCGUCGGCGGCGGUGAGAAGGACAAUAAGGCAGAGGUGUAAGUGCGGGCGGCGAAGAAGAACGGCGUUCGUUGCGCUUGGAGAGGAUGCGAUCGGAUGAGGAGGAGGAAGAGGAGGUGGUGCCGGAGUUUGGGAAGCGUCGAGCUCGAUGAUGGGUCUGCAAAUGGCAUGGCAGCAGUGCGUUUCUGAGAGGCGGAGGCCGCCGCUUGGGCUCAAAAACCUCGGCAACUCUUGUUACCUCAACAGCGUCCUCCAGUGCUUAACCUACACCCCUCCCCUUGCUCAAUUCUGCCUCUCUUCCGAGCACUCUUCUCUCUGCAAGAGGCUAUUCGCAAAUAAGGAGAAGGAGUGUCCAUUCUGCAUACUCGAGCGGCAGAUUGCUCGUUCGCUGAAACUGGACGGCCACCUUGACACGCCGUCAAAGAUUCAGAGAUGUCUAAAUGUGUUUGCGGAGCAUUUUCGAUGGGGGAGGCAAGAAGACGCUCACGAGUUUCUUCGAUACGUCAUUGAUGCCUGCCACAAUACGUGCCUUAAGAUACUCAAGAGGCGUUCGACCGUAUGCAAUGGAAGCAAUAUUAACGGCACUGGUGUCAAGUUAAAGAAGGAGGAGCCCUCUGGAACGAGUACUAUUAUGAAUCAAAUCUUUGGUGGUUCGCUCCUCAGCCAAUUGAAGUGCCUUUCCUGCAAAGGUGAAUCGAAUAAGGCUGAUGAGAUUAUGGAUGUAAGUCUUGAUCUCUAUGAGAGCAACUCUCUCAGAGAAGCCCUUAGUAGAUUCUUUCGAGCCGAGGUUCUGGACGGCAACAAUAAGUAUAGCUGCGAGAGGUGUAAAAAACUAUCUGUGGCUAAAAAGCAGCUGUUCAUACUUCGAGCCCCAAAUGUGCUUGUUAUCCAGCUCAAGAGGUUUGAGGGUGUUCAUGGUGGAAAGAUUAACCGUUGCAUUGAAUUCGAGGAGAUUUUAGAGCUCUCUAAUUAUAUGUAUAAAUCUUGUCAGGAGUCAGAGCCCAAGUACAGUCUUUUUGGGAGCAUUGUGCACUCAGGAUAUUCACCUGAAUCUGGGCAUUAUUAUGCAUAUAUCAAGGAUGCUUUUGGCCGGUGGUAUUGCUGCAACGAUGCUCAUGUUUCACUUUCAAGCACCCAAGAGGUUUUGUCAGAGAAGGUAUACAUUCUGUUCUAUUUACGCUGUGAUCAACAUCAGAAGUCGGCCAAAGCUGGUUCAGCUUGUGAUGAAGUGAAGGCCAUAGUUUCCAAUCGAAGCAGCACAGCGACGUCUUUGAAGACUGCUGAAACUUCUAAAUCAUUAGCAACAGCAAAUGCUGUACCUUUGCCUAAAAAUGGUAAAAUUUCCGCUUAUCCUCAAGUCAGGCCUAUUACUUCAAAAAAUUUUGGAACGCCUGGACUGUUGUCAAAUGGUGAUGAAAAUCAUGAUUCAUGUGUUGAUGGAAAAAACAAUGAUGCGAAACAAUCUCUUGCCAUAGACAAGAAUACCCUGCAAACUGAACUCCAUUUGGAGGAGUUGGGUACAGAUAAUAUGGAUGAUUCGUCUGUGGCUGGUAAGAACUCUGUCAUUGUGACAAAUCAAGCUAUGCAGAGUUUGCCAAAUGGAAAUGGAAGAUGCAGAUCACCAUUAAGGAAUCCACAUGAAGACAAUGCUAAUUCCAGAUUGCUGAAUGGCAGAAAAGAUCCUAGAUUGGAGCAUUCAUGUAGUACGAUGCUUCCUAACAGACAGAACUCUCUUAUCUCAUCCAAACGUAAAUUAGAAGACAGAGAGAAAAAAGAUGAUGUGAUAUCCUAUGCUGAAAAAUCUCCUGUUUUGUCAAGCAACGAGAUGAAGCACACUUUGGAGGAGCUUCAGAAGUUUAAGGAAAUCCUUGCUUCAGAGGCACUUUCAGUUCUUCGAUCAUGUGAUUGGUUUGGUAAGGUGCAUGAUUUCAUGCGUGUCAGGAAAAGGUCUUGCGUACAAGCAGCAGGUGGCUGUCCUAAUAAUGCCGAGUUAAA